AUCAAAACUCAGACAAUGUUGGGAUCACCGUUUGCGAAACCUUUCUUGGAAGAAAUGACUGCAUGGGAGAAGGACUUGGUCCUCCUUCAGGAAAUUCUAGAUGAGUGGCUAAAAGUACAAAUGGCACGAUUGUAUUUGGAAUCAAUUUUUUCAUCGCCCGAUAUAAUGACACAAAUGCCUGAGGAAGGUCGUCGUUUCAUGAACGUAGACAAAACUUACAAGGAUAUCAUGAAACAUGCUCUGAAUGAUCCAAGAGUCUUGACAAUAAUUAAAAUUGACAAGAUUGUUGAAAAAUUGAAGAAAGCCAACAAUUUAUUGGACUUGAUCAACAAGGGGCUCAAUGGAUACUUGGAAAGAAAAAGGCUGUACUUCCCAAGAUUCUUUUUCCUGUCCAACGACGAGUUAUUAGAAAUUUUGGCAGAAACCAAAGAUCCAAAGCGGGUCCAACCUCAUUUGAAAAAGUGUUUUGAAGGAAUUGCUAGAAUUACUUUUACCGAAGAUUUGGAAAUCACACACAUGCAAUCGUCUGAAAGCGAAGUGAUUAAAUUAAAUAGCAUUAUUAAUACGGAAAAUGCUCGAGGUGCGGUAGAGAAAUGGUUGGUGGAGUUGGAACAACUCAUGAAAAAGAGUAUUCACAGAGAAAUUGAGCUGGCUCUUCUCGAUUACCUCACUAAAAAUCGUAACAACUGGGUCCUAGAAUGGCCAGGACAAGCAGUUUUGUGCGUGACUUCCACAUUUUGGACGACUUUAAUUCACGAAGCUUUCGAAAAGAGAGGCAACGCUUUGAAGGAUUAUCUUGACGUGAAUAAUGAGCAAAUUAACGACAUUGUUGCUCUCGUUCGAGGAAAGCUCAGCAAACAGAAUCGCACCACGCUUGGGGCUCUAGUCGUUCUUGAUGUCCAUGCUCGAGACGUGUUAGCCCAACUGGUUAAGAACGGGGUCAACAAUGACAAGGAUUUUCAGUGGCUGGCACAGCUUCGAUAUUACUCAGAGAAGGGCAGCACAAUCACAAGGAUGAUCAAUUCCAGCUUGCCGUAUGGUUACGAAUAUUUAGGAAAUACUCCCAGAUUGGUCAUCACGCCGCUGACAGAUCGAUGUUACAGAACGUUGUUUGGAGCAUUGCAUCUCCACUUAGGUGGAGCACCCGAGGGACCUGCUGGAACUGGUAAAACAGAAACCACAAAGGAUCUCGCAAAAGCUGUCGCAAAACAAUGUGUCGUGUUCAAUUGUUCUGACGGAUUGGAUUAUAUUGCACUUGGGAAAUUUUUCAAGGGACUGGCAUCUUGUGGGGCUUGGUCAUGUUUUGACGAAUUUAACCGAAUCGAUUUAGAAGUGCUGUCCGUAGUCGCGCAACAAAUUCUGACAAUUCAACGAGGAGUGAACAGUGGGGCGAACAAGCUGUUGUUUGAAGGCACUGAGCUAACGUUGGACCCCACUUGCGCUGUAUUUAUCACCAUGAAUCCAGGUUACGCUGGGAGAAGUGAACUUCCCGACAAUCUCAAAGCCUUGUUCAGGUCGGUGGCCAUGAUGGUGCCGGAUUACGCCUUGAUCUCCGAAAUAUCUUUGUACUCUUGCGGCUUCGUGAAUGCGAGACCAUUAGCGGUGAAAAUCGUUGCAACUUAUCGACUAUGUUCUGAACAAUUGUCUUCUCAGUCUCAUUAUGAUUACGGAAUGCGAGCCGUGAAAUCUGUUCUUAUCGCGGCAGGAAACCUCAAACUGAAAUACCCAGAUGAGUCUGAAGAUAUUUUGGUGCUCCGGUCAAUCAAGGACAUUAACCUGGCAAAAUUUCUGUCCCAUGAUCUUCCACUGUUUCAUGGUAUCACAUCCGAUUUGUUCCCUGGAAUUAAACUCCCAGAGCCAGAUUAUGAACUAUUUGACUUGGCCGUACAACGCACUUGUGUCACAAACAAUUGGCAAUGCACUCCUUUCUUUUUAGAGAAAAUACAACAGAUUUACGAAAUGAUGUUGGUCCGUCACGGGUUCAUGAUUGUUGGAUAUCCAUUCGGAGGGAAGACGUCGGCUUAUCGAGCAUUGGCUGGUGGACUUGCGGAUCUUUGCGAAAGGGGAGAAAUGGAAGAAAACAAGGUUCAAAUAUGCGUCAUCAACCCAAAGUCAAUAACUAUGGGGCAGUUAUAUGGUCGUUUCGAUCCGGCCUCACACGAGUGGACGGAUGGCGUCCUUGCCAUUAAUUACCGAAAUUUUGCACAGGCUCAAACACCGGACAGGAAGUGGCUCAUAUUCGAUGGACCUGUCGAUGCGAUCUGGAUUGAGAACAUGAACACAGUGCUGGACGAUAAUAAAAAACUGUGCUUGAUGAGUGGUGAAAUUAUCCAGCUGAGCCCCCCAUGUAACUUGAUUUUCGAACCGAUGGAUCUCGAGGCUGCCUCCCCUGCCACCGUUUCUCGAUGUGGAAUGAUUUACAUGGAACCAAUCACGCUGGGAUGGGAACCCCUUUUCUAUUCUUGGCUAAACACGCUUCAAGAAUUUGUUCCAGAUCAGAUUAAAGAAUAUUUAAAGGAAUUAUUUCAUCAAUUUUGUCCAACAUUGCUUCACUUGGUGCGAAAAGGUGGUCUCAAGGAACAUUCUCCAACUACUAAUUCAGGACUGGUAAAAUCCGCCAUGAAUAUUAUCGAGAGCUUGAUGGACGAAUACAAGGAGGAAAAGUAUCCUAAAACUCUGACCAUGAAUACCCAACUCUCUCGGAUUGAAGGAAUUUUUGUGUUUGGAAUUACAUGGAGCAUUGGAGCCAGUACGGACGAAGAUGGUCGUGUAAAAUUUGACAAAUUAUUUCGGCAUUUAAUUGACACCAAAGCUGAGGAAGAUGUAAAUGAGGAGAAAGAACGGAAAGGAAGCAUCAAUCAUCCCCCAAAAGGAAUGGUCUACAAUUACAACUUUCUCAAAGAAGGGCCGGGUAUUUGGGAAGCGUGGGAAGACUCGCUGCAAAAUGCUCCGACAAUUCCAAAAGAAAUAAUGAUGAAUCAAAUCAUUAUUCCGACGAUUGACACUGUCCGUUACGGCACGCUGAUGAAGAUUCUUGUCACUCAUGGGAAACCCCUGCUUUUAGUUGGACCAACUGGAACUGGAAAAUCGGUUUACAUUACGGAUUUCCUCUUGAAAAAAUUGGACAAGAAUGUAUACCGGCCUCUUUUUGUUUCGUUUUCUGCUCAAACUUCCGCAAACACGACGCAAGACAUCAUCAUGAACAAAUUGGACAAAAGAAAGAAGGGAACGUAUGGUCCACCCCCUGGGAAGAAAUGCGUAGUGUUUGUAGAUGAUCUGAACAUGCCAAUAAAAGAGACUUAUGGGGCACAACCUCCAAUCGAGUUGCUCCGACAAUGGGUGGAUCACGGUUUGUGGUACGAUCGCUUCGACUCAACCCCCAUUCAUUUGAUGGACGUGCAGCUAAUGUGUGCAAUGGGUCCACCUGGUGGAGGGCGAAAUUCUAUAACUCCGCGAUUCCUCCGACAUUUCAAUACAAUAACGAUAAACGAAUUUAACGAUGAGACUAUGCUGACAAUUUUCAAUCGCAUUAUGAUGUGGCAUUUGGAUGCAAAAGGUUUUAGCAAGGAUUUUGACCCAUAUGUGCAUCAAAUUGUGAUGGCCACUCUCCAAAUAUAUAAAGCUGCCUUUGCCAGGCUUUUACCAACCCCUGCAAAAUCUCACUACCUGUUCAAUUUACGAGAUUUUGCUCGAGUCAUUCAGGGAGUGUUGCUAUCCAUGCCUGAAGUAAUUUUGGAUACUGCAUCCAUGAAGAGAAUGUGGAUUCAUGAGGUUCUUCGAGUCUACUACGAUCGCUUGAUUGAUGACGAAGACAGAGGUUGGCUAUAUGGAGAACUGGGAGAUAUCUGUUCCGAUUUUUUGCAAGAAGAUUUCCACCAGCUACUUAUCCGUCUAGAUUUGGAUGGUGAUGGAGUGGUUUCCGAGUAUGAACUGCGAAGUCUAAUGUACUGCGAUUUUGGAGACCCAAAAGCAGACACACGAUUUUACAAUGAAGUUAAAAACUUUGAGGAAUUGAGAACCAUUGUGACUGGAUUAUUGGACGAAUUCAACCAAAUGAACACAAAGCAAAUGAAUCUGGUCUUAUUCAGAUUCGCAAUUGAGCACUUGACAAAAAUCUGUCGAAUUUUAAAACAACCCAGAGGCCACGCACUCUUGGUUGGUGUUGGAGGCUCUGGAAGACAAUCAUUGACCAGACUGGCAGCCCACAUCAUGGAAAACGAACUCUUUCAAAUUGAAAUCCAUAAGACCUACGGACUCAAUGAGUUUCACGAGGAUCUCAAAAUAUUUUUGAAAAAAUCUACAUUUACCGAUGGUCAAGGAGUAUUUCUCUUCUCGGAUACACAGAUUAAGGAGGAAUCGUUUCUGGAGGAUGUUAACAAUCUCCUCAACUCUGGAGAGGUGCCAAAUCUCUUUGCGAAUGAUGAAAAGUUUGAAAUUUGUGAAAAAAUGAGAGUAAUCGAUAGACAAAAGGACAGAAGUUUGCAAACCGAUGGGAGUCCUCUUGCUUUAUUUAACUUGUUUAUUGAAAGAGCGAGACAACAACUUCACAUCGUACUGGCUCUCAGUCCCAUUGGUGACGGUUUCAGAAAUCGACUUCGAAAAUUUCCUUGUUUGGUUAAUUGUUGUACAAUUGACUGGUUUGAGAACUGGCCGGAAGACGCUUUAGUCGCCGUUUCCACAAGAUUCUUGGCAGACAUAGAAUUGACUAAUGAACAAAGAGAAGCUUGCAGUUACAUGUGUCGUUAUUUUCAUCAGUCCACCGAAAGACUGUCCAUCCAAUUUAAGGUAGAAUUGAGCCGGUACAAUUAUGUAACUCCGACCUCAUACCUGGAAAUGAUUUCGACAUUCAAGACCUUAUUGCACAACAAGAGAACGUUCAACAAAGCGACAAAACGAAGGUAUGAAAUCGGUUUGGAGAAACUGGACAAUGCUGCAGGACAAGUCAGCGUGAUGCAGGAUGAGCUGACAAAGCUACAACCUGCAUUAAUCGAGGCAUCAAAACAAGUGGAAGAAAUUGUGUCGAAAGUGGAGAAAGAAUCUGCGGAAGUUGCCGCAGUCGAAGUUGUUGUGAAAUCUGACGAAGCCCAAGCAGGAGAACAAGCCGCUGCGGCAAUGGCCAUCAAAACGGAAUGCGACGCUAAUUUGGCAGAGGCCUUACCAUUACUGAAUGGAGCUCUGGAAGCACUGAAUACCCUGACCACUGCAGAUAUUGCGGUUGUGAAAACUAUGAAAAAUCCCCCAAAUCCGGUCAGACUCGUCAUGGAGGCUGUGUGCAUUCUAAAGGGUGUGAAACCGGAAAUGGUGACGGAACAGGGAACAGGGAAUAAAAUAGAGGAUUACUGGGGUCCCUCGAAACGAGUCUUGGGAGACAUGAAAUUCUUGGAAACAUUGCUCGGUUUUGAUAAAGACAACAUUCCUCUGGCAAAUAUUACAAAAAUUCGUCAAAAGUUCAUUGGAAAUCCGGAUUUUGAUCCGGUUAAAAUCAAGUCUGCUUCUACGGCCUGUGAAGGUCUUUGCAAAUGGGUCAUGGCGAUAGAAAAGUACGAUAUCGUGGCACGAGUAGUGGCCCCGAAAAAGGCCGCGUUAGCCGGGGCUGAGGCCACGUAUGGAAUUGCGAUGGCUGCAUUAGAGAAAAAACGGGCGCAACUCGCCGAGGUUCAAGCAAGGCUUGCAAUCCUUCAGGAAACCUUGUUUCAAAGCAGAGCUCGGAAACAAAAGUUGGAAAAUGAUGUCAAUCUAUGUUCCAAAAAAUUAGAGAGAGCAGAACAAAUUAUUGUUGGUUUGGGGGGAGAAAAGGGACGCUGGCAACAAAUUGCUACCGAUCUCGGGGUCGCCUAUCCUUAUUUGACGGGGGAUGUUUUGCUCUCAUCGGGGAUUAUCGCGUAUUUGGGGGCUUUCACUUCAAAGUAUAGAGAUUCUCAGAUUGAUGAAUGGUUCAAGAAAGUUGUGGAUUUGGAUAUUCCGAUUUCAAAGAAUUAUACUUUUGCGACAACACUCGGAGAUCCUGUGGCUAUUCGGGCUUGGAAUAUUGCCGGGUUACCUUCAGACUCCUUUUCAACAGAUAAUGGAAUCAUUGUUAGUCACGCACGACGCUGGCCACUAAUGAUAGAUCCACAAAGCCAGGCGACUAAAUGGAUCAAAAAUUUAGAAAAGAAACGCAAUCUUACCGUCGUCAAAUUAAGUGAUAGUAAUUUUACUCGAGAGUUGGAAUCAGCCAUUCAAUUUGGAACUCCAUUCCUAAUUGAAAAUGUUCAAGAAGAACUCGAUGCUGUGUUGGAGCCUGUUCUUUUGCGACAAGUUUUCAAACAAAGUGGCUCCCUUUGCAUCAAGUUGAGUGAAGCACUUUUGGAGUACAACAGUGAUUUUAGACUGUACAUCACGACAAAACUUAGAAAUCCGCACUAUGUACCAGAAAUUUCUGUGAAAGUGACUCUGCUUAACUUUAUGAUUACCACGUUGGGGUUGCAAGAUCAGUUGUUGGGAAUUGUAGUAGCUCGAGAAAAUCCAGACUUGGAAGAAGAGAGAACACAGCUUGUUGUGCAAAGUGCAGAUAAUAAACGACAACUGAAAGAAAUUGAAGUAAAAAUUCUCGAAGUUUUAUCGACAUCACAAGGAAAUUUACUCGAAGAUGAAACCGCCGUGAAUGCAUUGAGCUCCUCGAAAACUUUGGCUAAUGAAAUUACCAUAAAACAAGCCGGGUCUGAAGAGACGGCUAAAAAGAUUAACGAGAAACGGUUGGAAUAUAUGAGUAUUUCUGAAUAUUCUGCAAUUUUGUUCUUCUGUAUUGCUGAUAUUGGUGGAAUUGACCCCAUGUACCAGUACUCGCUCACCUGGUUUGUCAACCUGUUCGUCAAUUCGAUUGAUUUAGCAGAUCGGUCCGAAAUUAUGGCUGAACGAAUCGAAAAUCUUAAGGAACAUUUUACAUACUCGUUGUACCAGAACGUUUGCAGAAGCCUGUUCGAAAAAGACAAACUCCUCUUCAGCUUCAUCCUGUGCAUCAGUCUUAUGCGGGAAGAGGGCAAAAUCAACCCGGAAGAGUGGUUGUUCCUCUUAACUGGUGGCGUUGGACUGGACAAUCCAAAUAUCAAUCCAUCAGCCUGGCUUCCAGCAAAAUAUUGGGACGAACUUUGUCGUUUGGAUGAUUUGGAGGCUUUCAAAGGAAUCAAAGAAGCUUUUGUGGGUAACGUUUCCAGCUGGAAGAAAAUUUAUGACAGCAUGACUCCGCAAAACGAGAAACUCGUGGCACCUUGGGAAGACAUCUUGACUCCAUUUCAAAAGUUGAGCGUCCUAAGAUGCCUUCGACCAGAUAAAAUGGUUCCUGCGAUUCAAAAUUUUGUUUCAUCGAGCAUGGGGCAGAAAUUUAUUGAGCCACCUCCAUUUGACUUGUCAAAGUCGUACGCUGAAUCUCAAAGCCAUAUUCCUCUCAUUUUCGUACUCACACCUGGCGCUGAUCCGACUGCGGUGCUAUUAAAAUUCGCUGGCGACAUGGGUUUCGGGGGAGAUAAGCUGCAAGCCCUUUCAUUAGGUCAGGGUCAGGGACCCAUUGCUGUCAAGAUGAUUACUGAAGCCACAAAAUACGGAUCUUGGGUAGUGUUGCAAAACUGUCAUUUGGCCAAAAGUUUUAUGCCCAUGCUGGAAAAGAUAUGCGAAGAUUUAUCUCCAGCAACAACUCAUCGCGAUUUUAGAAUGUGGCUGACAUCUUACCCCUCUCCAGAUUUUCCCGUCCCAGUUUUGGAGACGGGAAUAAAGAUGACAAACGAACCUCCGAAAGGACUCCGUGCGAAUGUUGUGCGAUCAUACCUCAGUGACCCUGUAAAUGACCCCGACUUUUUUGAAGGCAGCAAACAGCCGACGUCCUUCAAAAAGUUGUUGUUUGGACUUUGCUUCUUCCACGCGUUGAUUCAAGAGCGACGAAAAUUCGGCCCCAUUGGUUUCAACAUUCCGUAUGAAUUCAAUGAAACUGAUUUACGAAUCAGUGCGACUCAAUUGCGAAUAUUUUUGGAUGAAUAUGACGAUAUUCAAUUUGACGCUUUACGAUAUUUGACGGGAGAAUGUAAUUAUGGAGGAAGGGUCACGGACGACUGGGAUCGAAGGACUCUGAUCACAAUUUUGGGAAAAUUCUACUGUCCUGAUCUUGUGAAUGUGAAACACUUCAAACUUGACGUUUCCGGGGAUUACAUUGUUCCAACGGCCAGCUUUCAUGAAGAGUUUGUCACUUAUGCUCAAUCUUUGCCACUUAUCAGCAGCCCCACAGUAUUCGGAAUGAACGACAAUGCGGACAUUACAAAGGAUCAGAAUGAAACGGAACUACUAUUUGCCAACAUUUUGCUAACUCAGGUAUAUUUACACCAUAUUUAUUUAUAUAUUUUAGAGGGUAGGUUACGGUUGAUUUCAUUUCCGAGCAAAAUAUCUAGCGGUGGAGGAGGGAAAACUCCGGACGAAUUGGUCAUCGAAGUAUCUGCCGAUAUUCUAAAUAAAUUGCCGGCAGACUUUGAUAUUGAUGCAUCCUUGAAAAAAUACCCAACUCUGUACAAUCAGUCUAUGAAUACUGUGCUGGUUCAAGAAAUGGGACGGUUCAACAUUUUGCUGGCUCUUAUUCGCAGCAGUCUUAUCAACGUGCAGAAAGCAAUCAAAGGUCUGGUCGUGAUGUCCAUGGAGUUGGAAGAGGUUGUCAAAAGCAUGCUCACGUCAAGAAUUCCGACACUUUGGAAAGGAAAGUCUUAUCCUUCGUUGAAACCGUUGGGCAGUUAUGUAAACGACUUUCUUGCAAGGUUGCAAUUUUUACAGGAUUGGUUCGACAAUGGUCCACCUCCACAAUUUUGGAUUUCUGGAUUCUUUUUUACUCAAGCCUUCUUGACGGGUGCACAGCAAAACUAUGCUCGAAAAUACCAGAUUCCUAUCGAUCUCUUGGACUUUGACUUUCUUGUUCUCGACGACAUUGAAUACACUGAACCCCCAGAGGACGGGGUCUACGUGCAUGGCUUAUUUAUUGAAGGAGCACGUUGGGACAGGGAGUUGAAGGAACUCAACGAGUCAAAGCCAAAAGUUUUGUACGAUAUUUUGCCCGUGCUCUGGCUUGUUCCAAUGCUUCGUUCAAAAAUUCCCGAGCGUCCGUCCUACAUUUCUCCAGUGUACAAAACGUCGGAACGUCGCGGAACGUUGAGUACAACAGGUCAUUCCACAAAUUUCGUUAUUCGUGUCAUGCUGCCGAGUAAUCAACCUCCGGAACACUGGAUUAUGAGAGGAGUCGCCCUUCUCUGCCAACUUAGCGCAUAAUAAAUUAUUUUAAAUACAUAAAUUAUAUGAUGCAAAUAUGCAAACAACUCAAAGGUUUUGUGAGAUGAUGACGAGAUGAUCAAGUACAAAAAUACAUACCUACUCAAUUAUAUGAUCGUGAGAAAAAUAAAUUCAUGAGCUCAUUACGCGAAAUCCGAAAUUUAUGACGUUUCAACAGAUAUUUACAAUAUUUGAUACAUUUGAGUGUGAAUUGAAUGUACGUCUAUUACUUUCACUACAAUUUAUAAUGUAUCUGGCCAAACUUUGUGUGGCUUAUUUUCCAAUUAAUA